GAUCGCCUGACAACUCUGACAUUUCUGAGGCACGCUUAGAAAAUCACUGCGAAGCAAUACACCCUGAAAACAGAGCUAAAUAAUAACUGCACCUAUAUCAAAUCCAUCUAAAAGUGCGUUUCCCAUACCGCUCACGUUUUCCUCUUAACAUCUGUGUCUCAGUUACCUGUAAAUCUUCAAUAUCUGUGCUUGUUUGUAGGCGGUUUCCAAAUGUAAUCUAAACAGCAAGUCGCCAUAGCCGCGUGAAUAUAUAGUGAUAAUAAUAUCGGAGGCGGACAGUGCUUAUCAAGAAUGUUAAGGAAAGUGAACUAUAUACUGACUCUUCAUCACCACCCUUGAAGGAACUAUUUCUAAACGCGGCUAUGAGCAGCCAAACAACAUGUUUCAAGCAAGAAAUGACAUAACAAAAAACUCGAAAAAUCUACUGUAGUGACGAAUAUUCAAUGACUUAGUAUAUAAAAUAAAUAUCAAACAAAUACAUAUCAUAACUGUGCCUGUAGUAUAAAAUAUCCCCUAUAUUUACCUUAAAUUUAUGAAUAUUGCAUUAUAAGAGCGUUUUACAAUAUUUUGGCGAUUUUAAAUAUUAAAAUUAUAUGGAAGAUGAAUAACUUAUAAGUGAAAAUUGAACUGAAUCUUGAACUUUCUACAACUACCUCUUUUUGGGCGAAGAAAUUGUUUGGAGUGGUUUACAAGCAGAGGAUCAACUUAUACGAAUGAAAACAAAAGUGCUACGGCGCUUCAUAUAAAAACAUUCGCAAAUAGCUGUUCUUUAACAAUCUAAAUUGAUAAGUCAAUUAAUAUCGCGUACCGCAACGAGCGUAGAGCUGCGCCGUUGUCGAUACGUCGACAUCGAUCCCGCGACGCGUCGCGCGCGGUCCCUAACCUGUCGCUGCCAUAGUCGGUGCUCGCCAGAGUCACGUGACUCGGCCGGCCCGCCCAGCCACAGCCGUGGAUAACCUCGGCCAGAGCCCCCUUCCGGUGAAGAGGCUGCACGAAGCGCUGCAGAGUGCGCAAGUGAAGCGCCAGCGGCUCUCCCCCCCAUACCCCGCACCCCCCGCCUCUCUCCACCCCAUCCACCAGCUCGCGGUGCACCAGCACAUCAAAGUGCAGCAGAGCAUAGUGCAGCAGAGCAUCGUGCAGCAACACCAGUUGAACCUGGCCCACCAGUCGCUGCAGAACCUGCAAGCGCAACAGAACCUGCAAGCUCAGCAGAGCUUACAAGCGGCGCAGAGCCUCCAGGCGGCUCAGAGUCUGCAGGCGGCGCAGAGCCCUGCAGCUACGGGCGGCGCAGGCGCGCAGCAGGCGGCAGGAGCGACACAAGGCGCGCUGGUGCCGCCGCAGCAGCCUUCGCCCCGGCCCGCUUCGCCGCAACACAAGAACAUGGAGCUCGCGCUCUGCCAGAGCAUGGACUCCGUCAACACCGCCACCACUGAGGAAGAGGUGCGGACUUUGUUCGUCAGCGGCCUGCCCAUGGACGCGAAGCCGCGAGAACUCUAUCUACUGUUUCGAGCGUACGAGGGUUAUGAGGGCUCGCUGCUAAAGGUUACUAGCAAGAAUGGAAAAACAGCCUCGCCGGUCGGUUUCGUCACGUUCCACACUCGAGCCGGCGCGGAAGCAGCUAAACAAGAUCUUCAGCAGGGCGUCCGGUUCGACCCCGACAUGCCGCAAACGAUUCGGCUGGAGUUCGCUAAAAGCAACACGAAGGUCAGCAAGCCGAAGCCGGCAGUUGCCACAGCCGCGCCAGCUGCACACCCCGCAUUGAUGCACCCACUCACUGGACACCUAGCGAGUCCGUUCUUCCCGGGCGGCGGCGCGGAGCUGUGGCAUCACCCGCUGGCGUACGGCGGCGAGCUGCCGGCGCUUUCGCACGGGCUCGUGCACCCCGCCAUCCACCCGCAGAUGGCACCAGUUCGAUCCUACCUCGAGUUUGGACCUUAUUAUCAUGGUAAUAAUGUCCAGACCCCCCUGACGCUGGGUGCUUGCGUGCUGCCCGCGCCCGCGCUGGGGUCGCCGGGCGCGGCGGUGCCGGCACACACCGGGCCCGCCGCGCACCCCGCGCACCCCGCGCCUCCCUGCUCGACGCUAUUCGUCGCCAACCUAGGACAGUUCGUCUCCGAACAUGAACUUAAGGAAAUAUUUAGCAGCUGCCCGGGGUUCUCUCGCCUGCGCCUGCUGAGCGGUGGCAGCGGCGGCGGCAGCUCGGGCCCGGUGGCCUUCGUCGACUUCGCUAGCCCGGCGGACGCGGCCGCCGCCCUCGCUCGCCUGCAGGGCGCGCUGCUUCUCAGCUCUGAAGGCGCCAUCCACCUCGAAUAUGCGAGGCAUAAGAUGGCACACAACGGCUGGAUUCUCGCACAUGAAGGAGCCAAAAGCGGAGAAGAGGGCGAACAGCAUUAGCUCGUUCGUAGCUCUCGGCACUUGACAACCAGCUAACUGAGGGACGCGCUAUCUAGAUCCUCUGCAUCGCAUCGGACCGGCGCCAGCAGGAGACCGGGCAGACCUCACACAACCCUUACGUCCUCACUAGAAGCUCUGUCUCCUAUUCUGUUAUGUUUACUGACUCCCUGCGUCAGAGGUGUGGUGUUAUUCGUUUAUACCAAAAUUAGCAAGUGUUAAUUGUAUUAUUAUUGACAUUCCAGGUUAUUGUUUACUGUUCAAUGGUAAAAUAUUAUUAUUUAAAUCUAUUAAUUUCCUAAUGUAGCUUGUUUAUUUAAUAUUAUUAUUCAAUUUAUCGUGUAACAUAAGAUUUAUUUACAACUAACUUAUUGUACGGUAAAGUUUGUAUAUUUGUUUUUACAAGGCCGAUGUAUACAACUGAGAGGAUUUGUUAUGAAUAUAGUGUAUUACCAGAAAUUAAACAUUUUAGGAUAUAUCUCAUUCGAGUAAGCUAAAAACCAAAGGUGCCCUUCAUAGAAAGAUUACGUUUUGUUAAAUAAUAUUUCAAGUUGAAUGAUUUAAAUGAAGUUGUAUGUAAUAAUACGAUACUUUUGUUUUAGCCUCGAUAAUGUUAGCGUAUUUAAAUGAAUUUCAUGACUAUUUCAAAUUAUAUUUACCUAAUACUUUCUUAGUAAUGUUUAUAAUGUUCAAUCACUCGUUAAAGCGCUGGCACUCUAGUGUUGGUCUUACGAUCCUUUCUACCUGUAAAUGGAAUUAUUGCAAUAAUUAUAAUAUUCGAUAGGACUCGAUGCGAUAGGAGGGCAAGCCCUCGGAGCUGCUUGUGAGUGCAUCGGACGCUGAACAGUCGCGUGCGCACGCCACUGACCUGUUGAGUUUGUUAUGUCCCCUUCUGUACUUAGGUGACUAUCAAAAUUUCUUGUGCCUUGCGAUAAAACAAUCCUAAAAUCGAAUUACGAUUGAACUCUAGACUUCGUGGCUUCACAAGUUGGAGAGUUAAUUUGGAAGUUCUGCAUUGUACCACAACGGGUUCCCUCACUCUUCGCGGUUAGUAUGCGAUGCGACACAAUCGAGAUCAGUUCAGUCUUGUCUCUUGUUGCGAGAAUUUAGCCUUGGCCUUAUGAGAGUUAAAUAAUUAAAUGUAAUCAUUAUAUUAAUUAAUAUAUAGUUAUAAUUAGCCGGCGACGUGCGCGCCGACGCUGAAUAGUGAAACAUUAUUCUACUAUCUGCAUGCUUUGACGAGCUUUUUGGUAAUAAUCUAAUUUAAAAUUUAGUAGUUACUUUUAUUGUGUAAUCGUUAGGUGAAUAAUAUAAUAUUAGAUAAGGGUAUUUAUUGUAGACAAUCAGCAUAGUUACAUUACUAUUUAAUGAAAGUUAUUCAUACAUAAUAAUGAAACAAUGUAUUGAAAUUUAAAUUUACUGAAAUGUUAGGAUUAAUCAAAAUGAAGAUUAAUAUAUUUUUUAUUUUUAGCUAGUUGACUAUCGCAUACAGAAUGAAUACUUAGUUACCUACGUGUCGACGAAACGGUGACGACAUAAGUACACUACAGUGCGAGAUAGCAAUAAACCAAAAAUGAAAUAUUAAUGUUAUUAUAGGUAUUUAGUGACGUAUUCUGCUGAUGUAAACAUGUAAAAUUUACAAAAAAAAAGUAAAAAAAAAUCCCUGCUUAGGCUAUAAUAAAUAAGGUUUUGGAUAUUUGGGUUACAAUGUUGACGCGACAGAAAUCUAUUGAGGUACUCAUGCGACUGUUGUCGGUCGCCGGCCAGAGCUACCGCAUGUGAAUUCUUAUGAAAUCUCUUAGUCAAUAUUUAAUAGAAAUUUCGUCAAUUUUUGACUUAGCAAAAUUUUAUACAUUGUUUAUAGUAACUGUAACUUCACAAUGUACCGAACGUCGUGGCGUAUAGACCAAAGAUAAAGGAUUAUACAUAAUUUUAAUACUAACCUCAGACCGUACCAAACUUGUAUUUUGUAGGCACAUUGUACUGCAAUGUUUAGUGGACACGACAAACAAUAUUUUGAAGCCACAGCAGUUUAUGCAGACAUCAUUUGUUUACGGACCCAAGUAAGGCUGAUGCCACGGUGAUACUCGAGGACACCUAGGAUAGCCAUCUUAUUGUACUGUUUUAUUGUUACCUACUUUUGCUAAUGUUACAGCCGAAAAUCACUUUAUUUAAAAAAAGUUUUGUAUCCAAGCCGAUUAAUGUCUAAUGGAAAUCAAUCAUUAUUGUGUAUUAUAAUAUUUUGUGUCACUUAAAGUCUCCUGACAAUUCAGAUUCUCUUAUAUAUUAUUAAUUAUUCAUUGUCGGUUAUAAUAAUUAAGCUAAGUCAAUGUUCACUUAUUUAAUUCGAUAUAUAAUGCUAAUUCGUGUGUAAGUAAUUGUGUAAUAAUGUAGUGAUCUCCCAUACCUUCGGCGAGCGACGUCCUUAGGCACAUACUAAAAUACAACGAAAAGUUUAUUUGUUCUUUUCAGUUGUUCUGUGUGAGUGUGUCGAUGACUCUGCCUCGUCAAUGACGAUCAAUAUUAAGCUCUCUUCAGGCGUGUAUCAUCUCUUUGAAAUCUCUAUCGUAGUUAUAAUGUAUUGCAGAGGCAUCGACAGACUCGGGUUUGGUUAGCGAGGCGCGCGGGCGUCGCCGCCGCCAUGAUUCCGUCCAACAACCUUAGAUAGCGAGUAAGAGACGUCCAGUGGCUGCGGACACGGCUACGUCACCUUCUGCGGGACUACUCGAUACAUAUCAUCAUGUAAUAUUUAAUGUGUAAUUAGGAAUAAAAAAGCGGUUUCAUAGAGACGUUUAUUCUGUAUUCUCGUCUACUACUUAUAAUGCAAUCGGCUACAUGUCACGCUAAACCACUUUUGCGUUUCCGACGAAAUUUUUAUAAUUCGCUUUGCCGUAAUUUUGUAUCCUUUCACUCGGAAUUAUCUCUACUUGUGAUUAAUUUAAUUUCUAAGGGAUUUAAACACAAAAGUUAAUGUAAACCAUAUAAAAGAUAUUUUCUUAACGUUUACUGUGAAAUCGAGUAGAUAGAUGAUGUUCGGAUCGACGUUGUUAAUGUAAAGACGCGUGACAUUGGCCCGCAUGUGAUAGGGUAGUGUAGGGGUGUAGCGUCGCCUUGCAAGUUAGGUUAAGUGAAGCGGUAUCACACAAACGCCGUGCAUCGGAAACAUAUCAAUUCUGUGCCCCUUAAUAAAUUUAGUUAAAUAUCUACUAUUCUAAGAGAUACAAUAUGAAUAGAAUAAAGAAGACAAAAUAAUCGGAGUAUCAAAUACCUGCUAAGUGUUGUUUUCGUACGUUAAUGAUAUGGAUUAGAGAUUGUGUUGAUCGUGAAUACGCAUAGUCCCCGAGUAGUGUCGCGCAACUUUCCCUUUGUUUGUCGCUGUAGACAUCGUACGUUACUUUAUUGUUACUUUAGACUAUAUUAACAUGGCUUAAUUACCAAAUUACUUUAACAGUUCGCUUCGUAUUCAGUAUUAAAUGACAUUUUAUUUUAAUUUCGGCGACAAGAGUUAGUGCGUUGCUGAAAACUUAUUUGUAUAUCGAGCAAAAUAAACCAUACAAACUAUAUAGUUAGUAAUUAAUUGUUAGAUUUGUGUGACUUGGAUUAUUUAAAUGCUUAUAGAGCAGAGGUAAAGUGUUAUUGUGGUUUAAGAAAAACAUAAUGACAUUGUAAAAAUAGUGAUAAAAUUAGCUUAAUUAUCAUUAUUACAACUUUUAUAGAUGUUCAUUACUUUUCUUUUCUUACUUCAUGGAGUAUUGUGGCAUUGGAGACGUCAUUGUUAAUUCAAAUAAAUUUGAGCUCAUCCUCAAUCGAAGUUUUUAUUGAUCUUGCACCCUGUCUGCGUCAGGCCGCUACUGAGCUGCCGAGCUACCGAGCUAGCGCCACUGAGCUACUGACUGUCUCCAAGCGUGAGUCGGAACAACGUCUACUAACGUAUUCAGCCAUUUCAUAGGAAAAUGUUUUAUAAAUUAGCCGUAGGUAACAGAUCUUUAUUAACGAAAUAAUAUAAUCAUUGUUUUCUUGGACGAACUUAUGUUCAAUAUGUGUCUAAUAGUUAAUAAAAAUAGUACUUUUAUAGGUGUCUAGUUUAGGAUAACUGAAAUUAGAUAUAAAAUUGACAGUUGAGCUUUUAAAACGUUGCUUUGUAGAGUUGUCUGCUUUAGUGCGUCCUUUUGUAAAAUGAAUUCGAAGCAAAUAUAUCAAAAUACAACGUUUUCUUCCAAUUUAAUUUACAAAAGAACGCAGAUGAAAUAUUAAAUCUCUUUAUUUGGAUAAUAAUUAUUGCAAUGUUGUAUUUAUGUUAUUAUUAGUUUUAAAGCAUUAUAGGGUCCAAAGAUUGGGAAUAAACAUUAUGUGACAAUUAA